AUGGAAAAAGAAUGGAGACAGGAGUUGGGGCUGGGCAGAGUCACAGUCUCAGGGAGGAAUCAAGCGGACAGGUGCCACUGCAGAUGCCUGCAAGCCUUCAGCUUCAGGUUACUGGAGCCUGUUUUGCUUCUGGGCAAGGAGCGAUUUGCUGGUGUGGAUAUCCAGGUCCGUGUGAAGGGUGGUGGUCAUGUGGCCCAAAUUUAUGCCAUCCGACAGUCCAUCUCAAAGGCCCUGGUGGCUUAUUACCAAAAAUAUGUGGAUGAAGCCUCUAAGAAGGAGAUCAAAGAUAUCCUCAUCCAGUACGAUCGGACCCUGCUUGUAGCUGACCCACGUCGCUGCGAAUCCAAAAAAUUUGGAGGUCCUGGUGCCCGUGCCCGAUACCAGAAGUCCUACCGAUAAGCCCAUCUCAAGGAUCAGGGUUUACCUUUGUAAUAAACAUCCUAGGAU